CGCUUAAAUGCCAACGAACCAAGUCAUCCGCUCGAAGGGUACUUGAACAAGGCUUAGCACGCGAGCUCGCAGGAGCGCUGGCGAGGCACCUUGCUAACUACAAGCUGGCAGCGUAUGCAUCCGCGAGCGCCUCAUCACGAUGCUGCGCUUGCUGACGACGAGACGAGGCGCCGUGAUGACAAGAGGUAUCACUGCAAGGUCGCAGGCGGGUACGGGACAAGGCGGCGUCACGACUGAUGGGAAUCUUCUGUUCAACCUCAGCGCCUUCAUUUCUGGCGUGUACAUGCUGGAGCGGGGCGCUGACUCCUUCCUUGACAACCUCGCAGUGUUUGCAGGUCGCCUCAGAGUGAGCGAGACGCUCGUCGCGCUGCUGACUGCUGGUGCGGAAUGGGAGGAGCUGGUUGUCGUAGCUGCUGCAAUGUUUGAGCGCAACUCUGCAUUGGCGUACGGCAACAUCGUCGGGAGCUGCAUCAGCAACAUCCUUGGCGCUUUCUCACUCGGCCUGCUCUUCGCUGCACCGGGUCCGUCGAGGCACGCUGCUUCUUCUCUACUGGCUUAUGGCAGCGCUGACGAUCAAGCCGUAGCACCUAGACCACCUUCAACCACUGCCGGUGCAUUCGACGGCAGCGCGCGGAUCUGCGCCAUCGCACAGUUCCUCUUCACUGUGCUGGCCUCGGCGCUACUCCUCUCGCCCACGCCAUCAGCGAGAGCAAGGUUAAUCAAAGGGACACUUCUGUUGGCAUUUUUUGCAGCGUACAUGGGUGCAGCAGCGUGGGCAAUCUACAGGGGUGUCCUCGCGGCUCCAGAGGGCAGCGACGACAGCAGCUCCAGCGAGAGCGGCAGCGGCAGCGACGCGUCAUCAACCGAUUCCCCCACUGGUACAGAGUUCCAAGCGCAGACAGCUUCUGUUGCUCCUGCAGACACGGACUGCGAGACAGCACCGCUGCUGCAGACGCGCUUUGUGCGCAGCUCGACAAGCGACUCGCUCGCUGGCGCCGUGCUACGCUCCUUUUUGAGGAGCACGGUAGCAUGCGCAGCGCGCAUGCUCGUCGGCCUGCUGGCGCUCUCGCUGGCGGGGCUCGUGCUGUCGCACUCGGCCGCGGGCAUCGCCUCGUCGCUCGGGCUCUCGCAGACCGCGUUUGGCCUGACGCUGCUGGGCGUGACGACAACGCUGCCAGAGAAGAUGCUGGCGGUACUCGCAGGGCAUAGGGGCAGCACCAGCGUGCUGGUAAGCGCCGCGGCGGGCAGCAACAUGUUCCUGCUGACGCUGUGCGCUGGCGUCGCGGUGCUUGGUGAGGGGAACGGCACUGCCCCCGUCCCUGUCUCGAGGGUGUCGAUGGCAUGGAUGCUGCUCUCGUCGGCGCUGCUGCUCGCAAGCGUCCUACACGGCCACCCGACGCGCUGGCAAGGCUGGCUGCUGCUUGUUCUGUAUGCCGUCUUCCUCGGCUCUUCCCUUGCAAUGGAUCUAGUGCGAUGAGUAUGA